AUGUGUGGGAGAUUUGUACAAAAUAGGUAUGAUGAAAUAGAAGAUACAUCAACUCUAGAACAACCCCAAAAGGAUUUACUUAAGAAGAGUAGGAAGAAGAAUGCUAAAGCAUCCAUGUACAUCCAACAAGGUGUUGGAGACACUAUUCUACCAAGAGUAAUUCAUUUUCCUAAAGCUAAAGAAGCUUGGGAUAUUCUUCAAAAUGGGUAUGGAGGUAAUAAGAAGGUAAGAGAGUUAAAAUUACAUUCUUAUAGAAGGGAUUUUGAGAAUCUUAAAAUGAAUGAGAAUGAAUGCUUGAAUGAAUUUUUAUCAAGAGUUGUUGAAGUUGUCAAUAAUAUGAUGAUGUGUGGUGAGAAGAUGGAAGAAAGAAGAAUUUGUGAGAAGAUAUUGAUUUGUUUGCCGGAAAAGUUUGAACCCAUUGUGGCGGUUUUGGAAGAGACUAAAGAUUUUUCUACACUGAAGUCACAAGAACUAUGGGCAUAUUUGAAGGUAUAUGAGCAAAGGUUGUUAAGACACUCCAAAAAGUCAAUUGAGAGUGCAUUUCAAUCAAAAUUCAACUUGCAUUCAAAAAAUUCAGCAAUAAAGAAAAAUGAGUACAAGGGUGAAUCAACAUCAAACUUCAAAGGAAAAGAAAAAUGGAAGAAAGGAGGAGCUAAUUCCAACAACUAUACAAAGAGUGAUUCGUCUCAAGUACCAAGAUGCAAUUUUUGCAAGAAGAAUGGUCACUUGGAGAAGAAUUUUUGGAACAAAGGAAAACCACAAUGUCGCAAUUGCAAAAAGUAUGGGCAUUUGGAGAAAGAUUGUAGAUACAAAGAAGAUGAAGAACAAGCCGGUAGAGCCGAAGAAAAAAGGAUAAACAAAAUUUGUUUUAUGCUUGUAAAAGCUCCAUGGUAA